AUGACCUUGACCGGCGAGCGCAUCGUCAGCACCAGCACCGGCGACGUCCUCGGCAGCCGCUGGGGACGCACUCCCACAGCACCACCCGCGCAUCGAGCAGCGCCGCCCACCCCGCCGCAACCGCAACCGCAACCGCAACACAAUGGUGGAGACAUCAUAGGCACCCGACGAGCCGCGACGACCGCGGCGACCGCGGCGACACCUGAACCCAUCGUCAGCACCAUCGACGAGGGCGACAUCAUCGGCCACGCCCGCCGCUGGGUGCCCACCAUCGACCGGCCAUCGUCCACACCCGCCGCCGCCGCCUCCUCCUCCUCCAGCACCAGCAACAACAACCACCUCCUCCACUCCCGCUACGCAGCCGCCUCUCUUACCCGCCGCACCAGCCCCACCUCCACCCCAACACCCCUCCCCUCGCGCCAGCAACACAAUAACACCGACCAACUCACCAAACUCAAACGCCUCAUCGACCGCCUCUCCUGGAAAUCCCACACCCUCCUCUUCACCCAAUCCGUCGCCCUCCAAUCCGGCGAGGCGCUGUCGCAUCAUCAUUCCACCACCGGGUCCACCGGGUCCACCACCGGGUCCACCGGCGCCGCCGCGUACGCCCCCCACGCCCAGCCGACGACCAUGUUCAAGCUCGACUUCUUCGAGUACUACGCCCUGCUCGAGCGCAUCCUCGUCCUCUUCCUCGGCGUCUUCCGCGUGCCGCUGCCGCCGUCGUCGAGCCAUAACAUCGGCGGCGGCAAGAUCGACGGAUCCGGAACCGCAACCGGAUCGACCAGGACGACGGGCGGAUGGGCGCACCGGUACCACGAGAGCGUUUUGGAGGCGCUCGAGGGGACCGCGGCUGGGACCGCGACUGGGGCUGGGGUUGGGGCUGAGGCGCUGGGAGCGGCGCUGGGCAACGGAGAGGUGAUGGCGGCGCUGAGGCGCGCAAAGGGGUUCCGCAACAGGUGGAAGGACGCGGACGAGCAGGUGGUGGUGCCGGCGUGGGAGUGGCAGCGGGAGGAGGUGGAGGGCUUGCGGUUGCGGGAGCUGUUGGGGGUGGUGCUGGGGGCGUUGGAGAGGGCGUAUAGGGCUGCGGAGGGGAGGGUUGGGGGGGAGGGGGAGGGAGGAAGGGGAGGAGGGGGGAAAGAAGAAGUUGGAAGCGGUGGUGGGAAGGGGACGUGGUUGGAGGUGGGGGCCGGCUUGCAGCAGCAGCAGAAUGGGUAUGUGGAUGAGGAUAUGGAGGAUGCGCCGUGGGAGGCGGUUGGCGAUGCGAUGGAGGACGCUAUGGAUAUGGAUGUGGAGUGA